AUGGGUGUUAUCUUUCCUCUCGGCUACCGUUUUGUGUGCUGGGGGGAUGGGGCCGUGCCGAGGAUGAGACACUCCAAAUAUUUACCACUUGGCUUACUUAAAACCUUUAUUUCUGAACUGGGCCUCCUCCAUUGCUCAAGUUCAUAGGUAUACUCUUCAACCACGUAUGAGUUUCGGUGGAAUUUGGCCGUAUUAAAGUGGAGUAUACACACGCUUGAAAAGUCGACAAAAUGUAUUCCUCUGCUGGAGGUAAGUGCUGCAGCUAACAUUAGCAACGGCUAAAUGAUGCAAAAUUAACACUACAAUUCUUCAUUUUUGGUGUUUCGUUGCCGUGGGAUAUUAUUGAAACAUUCACUCAGUUUUUGUUUGACUUAUCUAGUUCGUAGAGAAAGGUAAAAGCCUAAGGUUGAGAACAUUUCGUCCCAGUCUGUGUGGAGGCAAGCUUAGCUAGCGUGCAACAACAAGCGGCUAGCCGAGUUAGCUUCAAGGAGGACUCCUGCUUUAACUUGCUAUACUGAGCUACUAGAUGUAAAUACGAGGGACUAGAUUAUGCUCUUGGUGGUUUUGAGGAAGUAGUUUCUAUUACAAAUAAAACCUAAUGUCUUUGAGUGCCUCACCGUUGAACACGAAGUCCAGAGUUAUAGCGGCCGACCAUGCUAUCUAAUCUGAUCACGUACAGUCUGCUGCCAAAUACUAGUUAAGGUUGAAUAUAUAAAGUUAUGUAGAAUACCUUUCGGCAAAUAUGUGCAUUUCUGCACCAUUAAGUCUAUUUGACAUUGGCAAGAUUGGCUUAGUGAUGUUGGACACUUGAAGAUGACCCGGAGACAUGUGCAAGAAGUUUUGCAGAAACUUGGUAAAGUAUCUAAAAUCAUCAUUAGACUGGUUUAUUAAUGCUUCAUAUUGUCGAUUUUCAUUAUUAUCACCAAUUGUAACUACUUUCCAGGAGUGGAGCAGGUAUUAAAAGGCAGCCAUGUACAGUAUAAGGCUAAUGAUUCCCUUACAUAGUAAAUUGCAGUUUCUUGCUUAUGGAUGUAGGUAUGAAGUAUCAGCCUGAUCAAGCAGGUGAUAUAAAAACAGCUAUGCAUCAGCAGCCAUGGGUAAGAUCAACAAACCACUGUGAUACAGCACUGAUAUUAAAGAUCCAACUUGUGCAUUAUUGAUUUGCUGUUUUUUGGACCUUUUCUGUCGUUGCAUCUUCAAUUUUUAUUUACUAAAUUUUGAUGAAUUGCUUCAGCUUGUUUCUAUCUCGUUUGUAUUUCCUGUGGCUUACUUUGUUUUCACUGAGGGUCAUUCCUUUUAGUCUGCCAGAUGUUUGUUUCUGAUGACUUCCUCUGUGUUGUUUGUUUGUAAAAGGAGGCAAACUCAAUCUCUAACUUCAAGUACAAAUGCAACUGCCUUGAACCUGAACGUUUUCUAUCCAAGUAAAGCUACAGUUUCUCAAGGAUACUUUGCUUAGAUAGAAGUAAAUCUACUGCUCUUCUAAUCUGGUACAGUGCUGAAUACGUGUAGAAAAUGGCUGAAUCUAUAUACUUAGUUUUUUUCCCCAUAUGGCUGUGAUAGUAACUUUAUUUCAACGCAAGAUCUGGGCUUUUUGUCACUGUGAUCAGAGAGUUUUCAGGCCAUAUUUACAUCAACCUCAUACAUGAGUUGUGUCCAGCUGAUUGCAAGAUCAUGCUUUUGUAUUGUUUAGUUGAGUAAAUUUCUAAAAAAAAGCUCUUUACCGCAGGAAAAAUGACGACUGAAAAUGUUAUGGAUGAAUGUCUCUGUCAUGGGAGACAUCUCUUCUCUUGAACGACUCUACUAUUAGUCUUGCCCUGUUGCUUUUCGGGGUGAAUGGGUGGCUUCAGCAGGGUUUAGAUUGUCAGCUUGCUGGACUCCUACUGCGCCCAAGCUGAUAAGGGUUUUGAAAAAGGUGGCCUUGAUUGUAGACCAAGGUGCCAUGGAGGUGAUAAGCAAGUGAGACAUAAGCAUUAGAGAUGUACUAUUAAACAUUUGCAACAUUCAGUUCUUCACACAUCUGUUUAUGAUCGUUAUAGGCUGCUGUGAUGAGCAGUAAAAGUGGACUUUUCAUUUCUAGGAAAAAACUUUCUUCGUGUGAGUUCCGGUCGCUAACUUGUCAUAUUUGUCCCCCUGUAGCCUCUGAGAUGCUCGAGGGACCCCGUUCCUCUGGGUCAGCAAGCUCUGGUGAGUCUUGAGUCCAUAUUUGGGCUCUGAAAGCCUAAAACUGGCUCCCGCAGAGGUUCCAGUGUAAAUGGCAACACUCGACUUUCUUUUACAUCCUCAGCCAUUACAGUAUGCAGAUGGAGCUGUAUAAGAGAGACACUAAAGAAGACGGUGUCAGUCUUUAUCGUCACUUUCCCCUUAGAUGCACCUCAUUUAGUGCUCUUAAUGACUCUGCCUUUGUGCACAUAAAAGGCCAUUAAAUAUAGGCAUUGCCUGGGUUUAUGGGUGUUUUUCUGUUUGAAUAAACAGAUCUGGAGCUGCAGCAUAAAGAUAAGGCUCUGAUGGGAACGCUGAGUUUGCUCUAGUAGCUAAUAUUGAGCAUCAGUGUGUAUAAAUCAUCAAAGCUUGGUGCCUGAUGGUGGUAGCUGGUGCUCACAUGGACCAACAACAAGCUUUGACAUAUUUUCAGUGCUGCAGUGUUUUAAAGUGUCAUAAACAGACAGAAAAUACAGGUUUGCAAUGAUAAGAACUACGCCCUCUGAAGUCUGAUCAUUUAACAGUGCAUUUCAAGAACCACUUUGAAAAACAGCACCGAAAGAUUUGGAAAAGUAGGAGCAAUAAUUGUCUGAUGGUGUCAUGUUUGUCCAACCAGAUGAAGAGGAGUUCAUUUUAAGGACUUGAGAGUUGAGGAGCAACCCCAACUGCUGAGUCAUUUAUCUUUCAGAGACACACUUUUUGAAAUUUACGAUUUCUGCCAACAACAUCUGAAAUGGAAAUAGAAUAAAAUGUACAAACAAAAGAAACUUACAGACUAUGUUAUCCUAAAAUAUGUUGUUAUAGAGAGGGCAUUAGCAUCAGUGUGGCUCCUUAUGAAUCUGCACAUCAGGCAGAGGCAGUCAAGAGGAAUCAUACCAGUCAUACUCUCAUUUUAGCUUAGUGUAACGAUUAAAAAGAUGACUUUAAACAUGUUUUUGGUUGGAUACAAAGUCUAAAUAAUUAUUUCAGAAACAUAUAAACUUUUUUGAAUUGACAUUGUCCAUAUAAUCAUGAAAAUGCCAAUCAUAUGGGAGGAAGAUAGUAAUUAGGUCCUUAAGACCCUGGGAAAUAGUGAGGGUCUGUAAUUGAAUCCUAAUGGUUCACUUUGGCUUGUUUCUUCCUCUCACCCUCAUGAUUUAGAUCCCCCAUCUUCCCCAGUGCCAGAGUAUGUGUUCAAGCCUCCAUCGCGGCCAGACUUUGGCACCAUGGGCAGGACAAUCAAGCUCCAAGCCAACUUCUUUGAGAUGGAAAUCCCCAAACUGGAGGUCUACCAUUAUGACAUCGACAUCAAGCCGGAGAAAUGCCCCAGGAGGGUCAACCGGUGUGUGCUUGUUUAUUAUUUUCCUGGUAUCCAGCUGUCUCUCGUGCACAUUUGUGUGUCCCCUUUCAAUGUACUGAUUUUCAUUUCCCAAUCUGCUCUCAGUGAAAUCGUGGAGCACAUGGUCCAGCACUUUAAAACACAAAUCUUUGGUGAUCGAAAACCGGUGUAUGAUGGGAGGAAGAAUCUCUACACUGCCAUGCCUUUACCCAUAGGCCGAGACAAAGUAUGUGAUUUAGAGACUUGUCUGCAACAUCCAAAACCUCCACCUUUUCAGAAAUUACAUAACGAUAGACGACUGAAGAGUAACGACCUCUGACUUUUCCCAUCCUCCAUCAUCACCCAUCAGGUGGAGCUCGAGGUAACCAUUCCUGGCGAAGGCAAAGACCGCAGCUUCAAAGUCUCCAUCAAGUGGGUGUCCUGCGUCAGCCUGCAGGCUCUGCACGAGGCUCUGUCAGGACGGCUACCCAGCGUCCCCUUUGAGACGGUCCAAGCCUUGGAUGUGGUCAUGAGACACCUGCCCUCUAUGAGGUGAGAUUGAAGUUAUUGAACCCUGAGUCGCUCUUUUAUUUGGUUCUUGUGCAUACUCUUGUCAGAGUCCGGGGUAAACCUGUCACAGAUCUCUUUUUGUGUUUUCAUUAUCUGUCCUUCAUUUGUGAAAAUCAUAUCUUUGUAAAAACACGUUUCCGUCUGUUUCAGGUACACCCCAGUGGGCCGCUCUUUCUUUACCCCCUCAGAGGGAUGUUCGAACCCCCUCGGUGGCGGUAGAGAGGUGUGGUUUGGCUUCCACCAAUCUGUCAGGCCUUCCCUUUGGAAAAUGAUGCUCAACAUUGACGGUAACUUUCAUUUUGAUUUUGCUCGAGUCUUCCGGUUAAACAUUUGAUUUUCUGAAUCUCAUUAUCACGCUCUGCUUCUGUUUGCAGUUUCGGCCACUGCGUUCUACAAAGCCCAGCCUGUAAUCGAGUUCAUGUGUGAGGUCUUGGAUUUUAAAAGCAUUGAAGAACAACAGAAGCCCUUAACGGACUCUCAAAGAGUAAAAUUUACAAAAGAAAUCAAAGGUUGGUGAACCCCUGGGAUACGUAAAACAAUUAAUCGGAUCAUUUUGCAGUCGGUUUAUUGCCCAGCUAAUAGAGGAUACAAAUGUUCUGUCCUGAAAUUGCGGAAGUUUGACACACUAUCUUAUUUCAUGUUAUUUGUUUAAUGACUGUAGUCCUCUCUCCUAAUCUUUCACAUGAUUCCUGCACAAAGGCCUGAAGGUGGAGAUCACGCACUGUGGGCAGAUGAAAAGGAAGUACAGAGUUUGCAACGUGACACGAAGACCAGCCAGUCACCAAACGUAAGAAUCCUCCUGGAGCUAAUCCGAGUUAUUUUGUCAUCGCAGCGAUUAGCGUAUCUUAAAAAAUUUCCAUCCCAUAUUUACAGGCUCUUUUAUUCUUCCCAAACUCACUCUGUAGUUCCUUCACUUUGCUUGAUUAUACUUAAACUGAGACUCACUGUGUUGUUGUUGUUUUUGUGCCGCUUGUUUAUCUCUUUAUACAGUGUGUACUUAAUUUCCUGCCAACUCAGGUUCCCUACCUUUUCUGAUGAUACAGAUCUGGCUGCAGCUCUCAUAUUUCAGGGCUCGACAGUGCGACUGUUUCACUCGCAUUUGCCACUAAAAAUAGAUGUGUGCGAAUUGUAAAAUGUAUUCAGGGACACAUGUGCGCAUAACAAAAAUCAGCUGAGGCAAAAAAUGUUUUUUCAUGAAAACACCCCAGUGAAGUUAGUUUUAGGUUGGAUAUUCGACGGACAUUCACUGCAGAGCUACCGGUGUCUUUUAACUCUCCAUAACCGGGAAUAGCAACAGCAGUGCGGUUUAAUCUACUCUGCAACAUCGGGUGUUAAAUUAGGGACCAUCAAUAAAUUACUGGUUGACGUUCUCAAAAAAGGCUGUUUUCCUUCAAUAGCUUUCAUGCCAUGUGACCAAUUGACCUAAAAUUGAUUUCAAAUAAUAGUACUAAGGUUGGACAAUAAGACACACUUCUUUAGUUCCCUAAUUUGUCCUCUAAAAAUGUUUGUGUUAAAUUUAAAGGCAAAUUCUGAACAUUUUCUUCAAUAGCUUCCAUGUCAUGUGAGCAAAAGACCUGAAACUGAUUUCAAAUUAUAGUACUUACGUCGACCAAUAAGACACACAUUAUCUGAUCAAUUUUCAUUGUGCCCCUAAAGCUCUUUGUGUGCUUACUUUUUCAACUUAGAAGCACAUGCGCUGCUUGUGAAAAAAGUUGGUGUCAAGCCCUGUUUUUCUGAUAGACUAGUGGAGCUGGGAGAUCAUUGCACACCUUUUGGCAAUCCUCUGCUUAUAUCAUGUAGAGGUACAUGAAGUGCAGUAAAAGCAUAAUGCAGGAAACGCUCUAAAACCAGAACUUAAUUCAAGCUCUAUGAAUGUGAUAUGUAAACUAGAUGAGGUUGAAAUCAGUUUGCACUGUUGUCGUCUGUGAGUCUCAUCAGAUUGUUAGGAUGAAAACAAACACUACAUGGAGAUGUCUGUACUUUUUUUCUCCUUUUGACGUUGUUGGUGUGCCUCAACCUUCAGGUUCCCCCUGCAGCAGGAAAAUGGCCAAACCAUUGAAUGCACAGUAGCACAAUACUUCAAAGACAAAUACAAGCUCAUCCUGAGAUACCCCCACCUCCCAUGUCUACAAGUGGGUCAGGAGCAGAAGCACACCUACCUACCUCUGGAGGUGAGCACGUCAAUCCUCCUUUACCUCUUUUCUUUUCUGAUCGAUCACUAGAUUCAGGAUUAAUGCUUCUGCGUGUCCACUCCAGGUGUGUAACAUAGUGGCAGGACAGCGCUGCAUCAAAAAGCUGACAGACAAUCAGACCUCCACCAUGAUCCGUGCCACAGCUCGAUCGGCACCAGACCGCCAGGAUGAGAUCAGUAAGCUGGUAAGUCUUGAAACGUCAACCAUGAAUAUCGAAGAGUUGCCUCAAGUUUGAAACUAUUUCAGGACAAACACGGAUUUAUCAGAAAAGCGUGUUCAAUGGUCACAUCAAGAUUGUGACCCAAAAAACUCAUCGCUCCAUCAAGGCGAUGCUGGAAUUAGAAGCAAAACCAACAUUUAUGAUUUCAUCUUAUCUCAUGACACACGGCUCACAAUAACAGCGCUCUUAAAAACAUGCCAGUCUGUAACAAAUAUUCCUUUUAACAAUUGAGUCACGUUAACUCACACAAAAGUUUAGUUAUUGGUAAGAACCGUUAAGAAUAUGGAAAUCAGCAGCAGCCAAAGCAAAGAAACUUCAAGAGGAAACUAUGUUGUUCGAAAAUAUAGCAACACUGAGUGGCUGAACUCCCAGUUUCUUAACAAGUUCUGAAAACGAAGCUUUGGUCAGACUGCUCUGGUGUGAUAAGAAAGUUUCCUCCCAUGCUGCCAAGUCUUCAGUGUGACACCCAACACAGGCCCAUGGGUGCAUACUUCUCUUUUCGGUUGAAAUCAAUGAUAAGUUAAGAAGAAAACUGAUCAUUUUGUCCAAAAUUAUAGAGCCGCUGCAUUUUUCUUUAACACUACAUUUGGAGAAGAACUCUAAAAUCCCCAAUGACAUCUUUGCUUUGUUCAUCCUUCAGAUGAGGAGUGCCAACUUCAACACCGACCCAUAUGUCCGUGAGUUUGGAGUGAUGGUGAGGGACGAGAUGACAGAAGUAAACGGCCGAGUCCUACAAGCACCUUCAAUUCUGUACGGAGGCAGGGUAAGUUGAUCACCCGGAUGAAUGCGUAGUCGCUCGGAGCUCAUUUGUUAUUACAAAGUUUUAUUGCUGAAUCCUCACCAAGGCUGCUGUCGUCACUCAUUUCAGAACAAAGCAAUAGCCACACCGAUCCAGGGAGUCUGGGACAUGAGGAACAAGCAGUUCCACACCGGGAUUGAGAUCAAAGUGUGGGCAAUCGCCUGCUUUGCUCCGCAGAGACAGUGCACCGAACUCUUGCUCAAGUAAGUCAAGAGUUCGCAGCACACAGCAUUGUGAACGUGGGCCUGUCUGGGGCUGGUGGUGAAGUUAUCUUUUAAAAAUGACCACAACCAACUCAUGCAGAAAUAGCAUCAAGAUGUCAUAUUCAAUCAAUUCAGAGAUGUUCGGAUACCAAUUUUGCCCUCCCAACACCGAUUCCGAUACUUGUGCUGUGGGUAUUGGCCGAUCUAGCAUUUUCGGCAGUAUCGGAGCAAUUUCCGUUACUGGUAUUGGAAUCAGAACAACUCUAAUUUAAACUUUUGACAGAGUUGCAUUGCCCUCAACAAUCAUGACAGAACUCCCUGUUUGUUAAAGGUUUUACCUCCUCAGCCCUCAUACAGACAGAAGUAUUCAAGCUCCACAGGGGCAACGAAAUUGCAAACCAAGUUUACUCACCUGUGCUAUGUAGGAAAGUUGUACAUUGUCAUAUCUUUGAUGCCACGUAGGUAAUAGUUUUUGUUUUGUUUUUUCAGUAAUUUGCUCAAAUUGAAUUAUUUUCUGUUCAACCAGCUCCUCAUUCUGCUGAGAUGUUUGUCUGUCAUAACUCCCUCCUGAACUCUGAAUUGACCCGAUCAUCUCCUCUCUCAGAGCAUUCACAGAUCAGCUCAGAAAGAUCUCCAGAGACGCAGGGAUGCCUAUCCAGGGUCAGCCAUGUUUCUGUAAAUACGCCCAGGGAGCGGACAGUGUGGAGCCCAUGUUCAGGCACCUGAAGUACACCUACCAGGGCCUCCAGCUUGUGGUCGUCAUCCUGCCGGGCAAGACGCCUGUCUAUGGUGAGGAACCAGCUUACAUCAUGUGCUGUUACAGGAGUAUGAUCUAUUUCAUACAGAGAUAUGUAACUGUUAUGAGCCUGUUGUCUCAGCAAGAGGCUUGUAAUGGUAUUUUUUCCUGUUAGAGAUGAUGCCGUUAAAGGGUGCACAUGCUUGUUCAGCCCCUUUUACUCCUCACUGUAACAGACACAUCAUAUUAAUGGUAACAGCUAAUUGAGUAAGGAGUGAGAACUGAAUCAUCUUUAAAGUUCUGCACUGAAACAGUUCAGUAGGAACACAUGAACCCUUUACAGUCCUGAUCAUUUCAACAUCAGGAAUCCCACACUGUUACUACAUGAAGAGAUUUGCAGCCAGUCAGAAAAUGCUCAUGAGCUUAACUUAAAGCAGUGGUUAUCAAGUCCAGACAAUACAAGAAGCGAAUACAGCCAUCUGAGACGGGAGACCAAACUUUGUUUACCACACUGGCAUCCUUUAAGUCAGUGGUUCUCAAGUCCAGUCCUCGAGGCCCACUGUCCUGCAUGUUUUGGAUGUUUCCCUGCUCCAACACACCUGAUUCAAAUGAUCAGCUCGUUAUCAAGCUCUGUAAUGGCUUACUAACGAGCUGAUGAUUUGAAUCAGGUGUGUUGAAGCAGGGAAACAUCCAAAACAUGUAGAACAGUGGGCCUCGAGGACUGGACUUGAGAACCACUGACUUAAAGGAUGCCAGUGUGGUGGACCAAGUUUGGUCUCCAGUCUCAGAUGGCUGCAUUUGCUCCUUGUAUAUUCUGAGUGUGAUCUUACGUCGUUGGUUUCAGGCUGAUGUCUCUCUGUGUGUGUUUUAGCUGAGGUGAAACGUGUCGGGGACACUGUACUCGGCAUGGCCACGCAGUGUGUGCAGGUGAAGAACGUUCAAAAAACAACACCUCAGACCCUCUCGAACCUCUGUCUGAAGAUCAACGUCAAGCUGGGCGGGGUCAACAACAUCCUCCUCCCACAGGGCAGGUUGGUGAAUGUAAUAACGUCAGCAAUGAAGUAUGAACUCCGUCAUGUGCUUUUUUAAAAACAAAGCGAUAACCUUUUUUGUUUAUCUUCUCUUUGCAUCUUUCUUUCAGGCCGUUGGUGUUCCAGCAGCCGGUGAUUUUCCUGGGUGCAGAUGUGACUCAUCCUCCAGCAGGAGAUGGGAAAAAGCCCUCUAUCGCUGCUGUAAGUAACAUCACACCACGGACAUCUGAAUCUCACAGAGUGCGUGUAACCUGAGCUCCAGACUCACCAAACAACAGUGCAGCUAUUCACUUUGUUUAAACGCUCUGUGCUGGUUUUAUGGCCGGAACAUUUAUGGCAAGGGUGAGUCUCGGCUGCUCCCAGCAUCCCCCAAAGCAGCAAUUAGCAGUAAAAUCCAUUGUGUGCUACUUCCCUUAAACAAAGCCAGACAGACAGAGCUGCUGGGGGGUUGGUGGAGGAAAUGGAGUAUUGCUUUCUUCUCAUUCGGUGCUUAUAUGUCUGUACAUCCCGUUCAGGUUGUUGGUAGUAUGGAUGCCCACCCCAGCAGAUAUUGCGCAACAGUCCGGGUGCAGCAGCACCGUCAGGACAUCAUCCAGGACCUGGCCGCCAUGGUGAGGGAGCUGCUCAUCCAGUUUUAUAAGUCGACCCGCUUCAAGCCCACCAGAAUCAUCUACUACCGCGACGGCAUCUCUGAGGGCCAGUUCAACCAGGUGAGACUCAAACCGGUGAAGAAAACAACAUCAGGAACACCUGUUCGAUUCAUUUAGUGGUCAUCUUCGGUGGCGUUCACGUGUUGACCUUUUGACUUGAAAACAUGCAGGUCCUCCAGCAUGAGCUGCUGGCGAUCCGGGAGGCCUGCAUCAAACUGGAGAAAGACUACCAGCCCGGUAUCACGUUUGUGGUGGUGCAGAAGAGACACCACACGAGACUGUUCUGCAUGGACAGGAAUGAGAGGGUGAGUGCUGUGGCAGUGAAAGGAGCGGCCAUUUCUGGCAGUUUAUAGUCCAAAGAAAACAGCACCACCAGAUCAAGUCCUUCUCACUAUACCUCCAUACUUGAAUGUCCAACAAUAGGACAAAGUGUCUGAUAAUCACAUGCUGUGAGAGAGGAAUAGUGAAGAGGUCAAGGCAAGUGUUCUGCAUUUAUAUCUUUCUUGUAAAAAAAAAAAAAGUGGUGCAACUUCACUCUCACCACAAGACAGUCAAUCUGGUUUGGCACGUCCUUGUAAGUAAAGAGAGACUUCUUUGGCAGGAGCAGUAGACAAAGAUAUUGAGCAUGCAACAAAGCUAAACUGUGUGUCUAAAAAGACUGCCUGGUAAUGUCCCUUUUAAUAUCUGGAUAUCCAUCGUGUCUCACUGGGACAUUUUGGUGUGCUUUUGCAGGUUGGAAAGAGUGGUAACAUUCCUGCAGGCACCACAGUGGACACCAAAAUAACCCACCCAUCAGAGUUCGACUUCUACCUUUGCAGUCACGCUGGCAUUCAGGUAAGAGCUGAGUCAGGAAGAAAUGAGCCUCAAGUUUCCAAAUCUCCACUGAAAACAUGUUUAUUUAUGCUGGCUUUUAAUACCCAGUAGUGUGGUAACACUUUGACUUUAUUUUACUGCAUUGUAUCUUAUUCUUUUGUUUUUAUUGUUUUUAUUUAUUCAUUUUUAUUUACUAUGUAUUGUAAAGCACUUUGGUUCACCAAAAGCGUAGUUGUGAAGGGCUGUAUUAAUAAAGAACAUUUACAUAUACGUUUCAAGUCAAAAGACACAUUAUGACCAUGAAAACAAACAAACAACAUGAUCAACCAACGUGGCAGAGGAAAGAAGACUGUUGAUACUGUGGGGAGCGUUUUACCUCCCAGACAACACAGUAACUCUCUCCGUCUCUUGCUUCUUGCAGGGUACCAGCCGGCCGUCUCAUUACCACGUGCUCUGGGACGACAACCACUUCUCCUCAGACGAACUGCAGGUCCUUACAUACCAGUUAUGUCACACAUACGUGCGCUGCACCCGGUCAGUCUCCAUCCCAGCACCAGCCUACUACGCUCAUUUGGUGGCUUUCCGAGCUCGCUACCAUUUAGUUGACAAAGAGCACGACAGGUGAGGAUUCAGAGUUGUUCGCCGUGUCCAUUACCAUUUUGAACAACUCUCCUUAUAAAUUCAGCAUUAUCAAAUUCUUCUGAAAGCCCUCAACAGUUUUGUUAUUUUUUUAUGUUGUCGUUUCAGUGCUGAGGGCAGCCAUACAUCAGGCCAGAGUAAUGGGCGGGACCAACAAGCCUUGGCCAAGGCUGUCCAGAUUCACCAGGACACCCUGCGCACCAUGUACUUCGCUUGAGAGCGCACGACCCCAGGUUGGCGUGGGUGACAUCCCACUGAUGAAAACAAACUACCCCUCGCUGUCUCUCUGUCAGCUGUAGAUAGCAUCACAGUGGCGAUCUCCCUCAUAAGAGACCUGUCAGUCACCCAUAUGUCUACAAUUGUACUUCAUCCCCCUGACUCACCCAAACAAAGCCAGCCAUUAGACUGUAAGAUGCAAAAUAAUCCCUCAUUCGUGGGGUUCGAGCUGGAGGAGGUGUUAUUUACAAGUCGUACCUUUUGUGUGUGUUUUUAUUUGUCGUAGGGAAACAAAAGUAUGUACACUGACAGAAGAACUAAUUUCUGAACUCGAGGACAGUAUCAUUCUACAUUUGGGUGAUUUACAAUCCAGAAGUUCACUCCCCUCCUCUCUCCCUCCUGUCUCUGUUGUUCGUUGGGAUGCGGUGCUCGAAGGGAGAAGGAUCAAAUUCAUCACAAGACGAGGGGCUUGUUUGCUGUUUUAAAAUGCCUAUUGAUUAACUCCUCUGACAAACAUUCUUUAACAGCCAAUCAAAGCAAAGUGCACUGACCAGAAUGGGUACUUCAAUCAGGACUUAAGUACUUAAUAUGAUUUCUCACAUAGGGCACUAUGUGAUACAAAGUGCCAUUUGAGACCACCUUUCUGUCCUCGUUUCUGUGUAAAACUCUGAAUCCUUAUUCCAACAUCUGCCGCGUUUUCAGUAUUUGUCCUCGAUUGACUCUGACCAUCGUUUUGAUGCCAAAUCUGGUGACAACUUCCACAAGAAUAUCUUCGCAUCAGAUAUGUCACGAUCAACCCUCGAACCGACGCUUAGUUUACCCUGGAGGCUUUACUGUUCAGAUACACUCAAAAAACUGCAUUUUUAUCCCCACCUACCUGUCCUGUUAGUCUGAACUUCAAAAGCUGCACCAGAAUCCCCAUCUGUAGAAAAAUGUUAUUGGGACUGGUUCCCAACAAGGACACCUUUCUUAUGUACUCUGAGCCGUGUUGAUAAAAAGACACAUGAUGUAGAAAUCAACAAAGAGGGGAACUUCAAGAAGUCUUUCUUGUCCCCUUCUGUUUUUAUCGUCUAAUUUAAUUUCAGUCAUUUUUUUUUUUUUGUAAUGAAUAUGCAUGUAGCCGAGUCAUGUUUUAGACAUUUAGGCAUUUUUGUGAUAUAUUAUUUUUCUUUUCGUUUCCUCCUUUUACACACAUUAACCCGUCUUUUCUGUUUUGAUGUACAUAGCAGCAGGAUAGUGUUUUCUGCAGUGUUUUAGUCUGAACGGGGAUAUUUAUGUGGCCCUCCAUAUCCAGACGUUCGGUACAGCAGAGUGAAAGCUGCAACAUUUUUAAGAGUUAAAACUGAUUGAAAUUCCCUCAGAGAAAAAAAAAACGUAAAAAAACAAGAAAAAAAUAGCGUUUGCUCCGAGAGUUGGGAGCAGUUGUCGCACAAAAGCUUGGGUUUUAUGCAAACGACUUUUUGUGAGUCUUUCUACUAUAAAGUAACGUUGGUAAUAAGGUAUAUUUUGAAUAAGCUUUCAGUGGAGGCUGCUGAAAAUAUAAUAGAGAUUUUUUUAAACUGACCGGCCCACAUGUAGUCUAAAUUAACACUGUCUAUUUGUAUACAGAUUUUAAAUGCAAAUACUCUCUUGCCUUCUAAGACUGUCCGAGUCUUACUAAUAAUCCUAGACAUUUCCUAACACCCCACCUAAGUUUUACGACUAAGUUAAGCUGGCGAAUGUUCUUGUAAUCUUGAUCUCGAGGCGAGUAGUCUACAUUUUCUAACUAUGCAUCGUUUUUAACCAAGAGAUUUAGCUGUGGGGGUAUCUCACGAGAAUUGGGGUCAUUUAUAGAGAUAGAUAAUCAGGGCUUUGUUUUUGUUUUUGUUUUGUUUUUUUAGCAUGUUGCAUUUAGUAGCGUUUCUUAGUGCUUUUUAGCGUCUUCAUGCCUUUCCAACGGGGAUGAAGUAUUUAUGUGGUCAUUUGUAACCGUGUAGAUUUUAUAGCCUGAAAAUUGGGUGUAUCCUUUGUAACACACAAUCUUUCUUAGCCAAACAAGAUUACAAACUUUUACAUGAUGAAUAUUCAAAAGACACGUAAGCACAAAACAAACAAAAGGACAUCUUGAUUCUAGGUGCUAGAAGUUUUCACUGUAAACCACCUUAAAUCCUCACUGGACUGGUCGACAAGGCUUUUGACAUAAUGUACGUUUAAAAAAAGAAGCUUCAUCACGUGGAGGAUCUUUUCUCUCCCACUGACGACCUUUCUGUGUUACCCUUUUUAUUCAUUAUUACCUGUAAAGCAACUAGAAAUCCGACUGACUGUGUUUGUGGGGCAUUCUGAUAAAAAAAAAAAAAAAAAUCACGUACUUGAUAUUUACUGUUAUGAUGUCAAUAUUGUUCUUAUCGGUGCUGGUCUCACAACAUGUAAAAUUUGGAUGCACUUUUUGAUAGCAGAGCAUCGGCGCGACUUCUACAGACGCGAUCGCAGCAGGAGGCUCAGCCAUAUUGCGUGAGACACUGGUGUAAUUGUACGGAAAUGGCCGUGUGUUCUACCUCUUGUUACCUGUUAAAAGUGUUAUGGUAACAUCACACUGCGGGCCAUUUCUGCAUAAUUACCCCUGCUAUCUAUCAGAUUGGCAUUCUUGGAGUCUCGCAUUGACAGUAGAGGUUGAAACGCUUGGUGUGCAUGAUGCUAUUACAUGCUUAUGUAGUUGUGUGUUUCUCCCGUAGUUUUGACUCAAACUGAAAAGAGAGGGUGUGUCUUUUUUCCUUUUUUUUUUGUUUUUCUUUUUUGAGCAUUGAGCUGUACGACCAAACUCUUGACGUGUGUUUGUAUCCACACGCAGCUUUCCCUCUUUUCUUUCCAUUUAUUCUAUGCACCAGUGAAAAGACAGACUUUUAUUUUGACACCAACCGAUGCAAAGCCCACGUCAGGUGCGAUCAGUGCAUAUCUCUAAUUUGAACAAAUGAAUCUACCCCCUGUGGUGCUGACUGUUAAAAGUUACUUGAAAGAUGAACUAGAAUCAAAGGGCACACCAUGAAAUUCAUGUUUAAAUGUGUUCAGAUGAAAUUCAAUCCAACUUCACCACGGGACGUUUAAGUUUAACCAUGUGAUCAUCAAGUUUUCUCCAUGUAUGAGUGGACCAGAUCAACAGAGACUGGCUUUGUGUUUAAAGGAGGCUGAUGUCAGGUGGAGUGCAGGUGUUUGUUUGUUUAUUUGUUUGUUUGGAAAACCGAAUGUCUUUCGAAAAUGCCUGUCACAUUGUGUAAAAGCGUGCAAAGUGAACAAGUGUCCUACAGGAUGGAGUGCUGAAAUCCAUAAUCUUUUGACGAGAUGUUUUUGUAGUUACUGCUUCUUUGACAUGACCUUUACCAGCACCUUAAAACAGCAGAUCAGAAUGGCAUUGCUUUUCCCCUCCCGGGAAUAAAACUCAAACAUUUGACAGAGAUUUUGCACUAAACAAGGGUGGACUUUUGUAGCUGUUUCAGCAUGGAGUAUUUAUCAGGUGGUGAACAGGCAGCCUCUUUGUUUCGAUUGAGACGUUGGCUCUUUGGUGCAUGUUGAUGAGACACAAGCCAACAAGUCUAAGAGCCUCUGUGUGUGAUUUCCACCUGUCCAACCAGCAUUCAGCAUUUCGUCUUUGAGAAAUAUUCUGCCUUUUUAAAAAUCUUAUCAAAAGAGUGAGCUUGUGGAUGGGUUGCCUUUUGUACAGUGAAGUGGAAGAGAGGGUGCUUUAUGCAAAACCGACGCGUCAAUAAGAGGAUGCCAAAGUGCUGUUUGAAGUAUAUAUGAUGUAUAUAUGCAUAGAAUAAAGAAAGGCCUCUUUCUAUGUGAGACACCACCAGACUAUACAUAUCACUAUUACAGAAAUGUGCUUGAUCACCAUGAGCUGAGACAAGAAUGUGCAGGAAAUGUAAACUGAAAACACCAGCCUGGGUAAAUUUUAGGCACUUCUUCACAAAAGUAAGGUCGCCCUGGGUGCUUUAGUGUGGAACUCAGAACAGCUGUACUGAUGAUAAUGAUGUUACAGGAUGUUUUGUCUCAAUGUUUCACCUCAGUUUGGCAGACCUCUACAGCCAGAUAAGACACAGAUCUGGUUUUUAAACAAAUGCACAUAUCAUACACUAAUAACUUCAUUGACAGAACAGUUUUUCCUGAUUUCAUUCCAUGUGUAACUAAGUUCAAAUUCGGAUUUUAAAGAGGCUGCGUUUAAUCCCUCAUGGUGGUAACUGUCAGUCUGAUCACUUUUAGUCCUCUCGAAGGACCUUGGAUCUAAGUGAAAUCUGCUUUUGGGUGAAGCCAAAACUCGUACAUGGGUUAUUCAAAGCCGGUUUCCUCUGUAAAGUACCAUGUCCCCUCUCUGCCUCUCGUCCGUCUCUUGUAGAGAAUUGAUUGCUGAUAUAGAGAAACCUCUUGUAGAGUAGAGCCUAUUUUCCUAGCUCCAAAUAAUAACAAUGAAUGUACUCAGAGCCUGCGUGGUUUGUAAUAUUGUAUAGGCUAUCCAUCCAGUACAUUUAUUCUCAUGUUUGCUUCUUGUGUACAGCCUUUUCUUUUCUUUUUUUUUAUUAUCUUUGGUGUUUUUCUCCUAUCUAGGCUUUAAUAACUGCAGAAAGUAUUAUGUGUUCUUCUUUAAUAUUUUAUGGACUUAGAUAACGCCCACAUCAUUCACCGCUAUUACUAUUAAUACUUCCAUUGAUUUGCAGGAGGCGUAAACACAGUCUACAGUCUGUCUCGGGAUGUUGGCUACUGUGGCUGUAGUUGACGUUAACAUUUUCACACUGGUGCAAAGAGUCGUCAUCUUUUACAUUCUGGCAUCAUGCUUGUGUGGGGUGCUGUAUAAUAAGAGCUGUGUGUGUGUGUGUGUGUGUUGUAUGUGUGUAUAUACUAUAUAUAGAUGAUUGUUGCUUUGGUGUGUGUGUUCGCUUGUUAGUUUUUUUGGCUUCUGCUCAAGCCCUCAGUCGUAUCCUCUCAUCCUCUGACUUUACAGAGUCGACCUGUAAAAUCCUAACAAUCCUCCUAAAGCGCAGUGUAACUUGAAAACUAACAAGCUAAAAUUUUUGUUUAGGUGUUAUGUUCUUUACUUUUGGCGAGUAUAUGACAACGCAGCUGCUCUUUCAGAUAUUUAAGAUACCGUUUGUAAGUUCAAGGCACUCGGCCAGCUUCAGCAGACCUUUAUUUUUCCUGUUCCUACUUUAAAAAAAAAUAACUUACUGAAACAUAACUUUGUCAGUUUUUAUCAUCAUGUCCACUAACUUACCUGUAGCCAUGCAACACUGGAGCAGUGUCCAUGAGGUCUCAGCAGUUAGAAGUGAGUCUGAGUCAGUCAGUAUAAAUUCAAAUCUGGUGUUGGCAGACCUAGGGUUCGAAGUCUUGCUCCUUAUGUCCACUGACUUGAGCUUUGCCCCUCUUGUGAUGGCCUUGUCUCGUCUGUGUCUUGGUUUUAAACCCCCUUUUAAAGGCCAGGAGUCCUGUUGCAGCCAUAUUUCCAUUGUUCAAGUCUUGAUAGUAACGUCUUUCACCACAGUAGCAGUGCAACUCUUCAGAACGCAGUCUUGGUCUGAUCUUGAGUGUCUCAAUAUGUCGCCACAGAGCUUUGUUUUAUGUGAAAAUUCAUGCUUUCAAAGGGACACAUUUCAGUGACUUUGAUGACCCUAAAUAUCUAAACAUUUUAUCAGUCAGGUUUCAAGAAGAUUUUAUUCGAAAUCUCCGCUCUUGAUUUUGGCAAAUCUAUCGCACAAUCGAUCAAUAACAGUUCCCAUAAUUUUGUUUAUGACUAAAGAAACGCACAAACUAAUGACAUCUGUUGGCCUCCAUUUGUCAGAUAUCAAAUUAUGACAGUAAUAAUUCAAACUUGUGCAAAUCCAGAGGGGGAAUUAGGCGUCAAAGCUUGACCAUUAACAUUAAGGUAAAGCUUAGCCGAGGAAUCCAACAUUGUUGAUGACUCUAUAGUUUCUGGCUGCCAUUGCUAAACCAUAAAGUGGCGUCGCUGCCCUCAGUGGACAUAAGAAGUAGAGUUUGGUUCUGUAAUUGAUCUGACGCUGACUGUGGAGAACUGUUACCAACCUUCACCAAACCAAACCAAGGCCAUCCACCUGAGCUCCAUGUUCAACCACGGAGGGCACAUGUGGGUAUUUUUGUAUUUUGAAAGCAUUUUUAGUCUUCAGCAUGACUUGGCUUCUUAUUUACCAACUUGGAUAAGAAACUACCUCAGAGCAGUGUCAGGUGCUAGCUAAUAUUAGUCCUAAGUUAUAAUAAAGGUAACAAAAUCGAGAGAAUUGUCGCGACCAAACCAAGACAAGCCAACAUGGUGUGAAAACACACUACUACUUUCCUUUAACCUUGAGAAAUGGGAAAAACCAAGUAAUCGUGUACAAUUGGUUGGUUGCUUUAGUUGGUUACAUUGUAGGGGACCAAAUUUUUGUAAUUAGGCAUCUCAUCGUGUCUGUGAAUCCUUUAUUUUUGAAAAGCAGUCAGCACAACCCAGGACUGUAAUCAUCACCCGAUCAAAACGUGCCAUCACCCAGUAACUGCUUUUCCAUAUGACGGUGUUUUAAUAUUCCAGUUAAUUCUGGUGUAACGACAAGAGUUGGUUGUGAUUUGUUUGAAAGAUGUUUGUACAGCAAUAACGUCGGUGUGUCAGUAGGGAAUUGGUGAUUUGUUGAAUAGCAGUCAGUCCUCUCUGCGCCAAUCCAGACAUUGCUCAGUGAACAUUUAAGGCAUUUCGUUUUUUUAUUUUCACAGCCAGCUUCUACUGGGUUUGUUUGACCAGAGAGUUCAAAUAUAUAGGUGUCAUACAGGAUAGAGCCACUCCACAGGAUUUAACACCAACAUAUCUCUGCCAUGCCAGUCCAACACUGCAAUAAAACCAUUUGUUCUCAGUCAAUUUCCACUUCUCCUAUAAUACGCCAGACUCAACGCCAUUUUUGUUAAAGCUAUACGACGACAGCUUACAAAGGGAACAAACACAUAAAACAGUCUUUACAAUCGAACAGAACAUUAAAAACUUCAAUGAAGAAAGGUACAUGUGAUGUGUGGCGAAGAACGCCAGUCUGUCGCAACUUCAACUGAAAACAUCCAGCGGGUUUGUUCGCGUUUUUAUGUGUGCCUUUUGUCGGAUCUCUCUCUCUUCUCCAUCUGGUUUGUGAUUCUUUUUUCCAAGACGGAUUUGACAAAAAUCGUUUGCGCCACAUAAAGAAAAUAUGAUUUCCAUUUUUUUAAUUAUCAUGCAACCUUGUGUGUAGAUGCUGCAUAGAACGAUCAGUAUUUGUGUUUUGCACUUUCAAAGCAGUCUCAAAUAAAAAAUGCCCACCUAAGGGCAGAAAGUUAAAAUAAAUAACUGACGAGGUAUUUUAUGCUAUCAAUAGGAAUUAUAAGGAAUAAUAUGACUUUGAAGAGCUUUUCUAAAAAGGUUGAUAUAUCUAUAUAUAUUCAUGAAGUACCUCAUAAGCCUGAUAUAUGCUGCAUUGACUUUUUUUCUGUAGUGUACUUCAUAAUGUCCAAUAAAAUUUUAAUUUCCCCCUUUUAUGGGGAGGUUUGAAUGUCACUACAGGCUGUGCACACGCCACAACCCGUAAAUCUGAUCAAGUUCUGUCGUAACAUGAGUUUGUUACACCUUGUGGCCAAAUGAAAAUGUGUCAUUUAUGCAAUUUUUACGCUGAUUUCAUCACAGACUCUCUAAGUUGUAGCUUCAUCAUGUUUCUGUGCUCUUUCUUUUUUCUUUUUUUUUUGCAUUAUCUGUCUGUGUAGCCAAAAAAUAAACAAAUAAAUAUCGGGUUAAGUUGACAAAGACGCCUCCUGGGAGGCUGUUAUGUGUAAAACACGACUGUUGACUCAGGUAUUGUCGUGAAAGGGCUGUAUCUGCUUUACUGCACCCCUGCCCCAAUCUCCCCACCCCACCUCUCCUGCACCUUUGUCUUAAAAUAGCCUUAGAUCUACAUGUGAGGUCCCUAUUUGGCCUUAAAAGUUGAACAAAUUAUGCACUACAAUUUCACAGACUUGACAGAAAAAGCUCCAUGUCCGAUUCAGACACACUUUGUGAAGCGUUGCCAUGUUAUCUACCUCCUAUGAAUGUAGGGGCUGUCCUGGAAUUGUAGUCCACUGCAAAACUAAGAAAGCAGACAAUCAUCUGUAGGUUCUUGAAAAUAUUUUUAAAAAUAUAUAAAUAUAUAUAUAUUCCUCUAUUCAUCCAUAGAGCUGAUUCCAGGACUCUCCGUUAUAUUUCCCCUCACUGGCCAUUUUCAUUUCCCACACUGUUUUUUUUUUUAAUCGUAAAGCCAUGAUGGAGAAGCAAAGUGACCAAAGUCUCUUAACGAAGGCAGCCCUGCACAGCUGUGUGAAUUCAAACCUCCCUUCAUUGGUGUGAUUUUGAGCUCAGCUCUGAGUUGUUGUUUAUAUUUUUCUCUCUCUGUCUCUCUUUCUCUCUCUCUCCUCUCCCUUAUUUAAACCACGACAUGCCAAAACUGAAUUUGCUGUCAUUCCUGUUCUGGUGAGGGUCUUUAUGUUGCUCAUUUAUAAUUUGUUCACAUCCACUGCUAAGCUCCUUGUUCUUGUUGUUGUAAAGUUGUAAGCUUUGAUUUCUAUUUUUCAUUUCCUUACUUUUUUUUUUGUUAACAAUUAUACUUACAGAACACAAGAUAUGCUGUAAACCCUGUUAGGACAUAAUGUGAAUACGUAUCACUUAAUAUAGUUCACUCUUUGGCUUGACUGUAAGUUGCGUUAAUUAAUAAAAAUGUUGAAAAACUUUG